UAAGGGGCGCACCGCGGCCCGCCGCCGGAGACAGCUGCGUCCACAGGCGUCUGGCUGGCGACGCUGCGCGUCCGGCGUCCGGCGUCGCUACGCACUGCCGCGCCACCACGACACUGCGGAUCUGAGCGUGCAAGCAUAAGCGCUCCGCUGCUACCGUCAGCUCGGCCGGCGCGCUACGUCACCGGGCGGCCGAGCCAACAAGUGCCUGGCGAGGCAACAGGUCGCGGCCCCCACCCCCACCAUGGACGCGACGGCCCUGGCGUGCGCGAUGCUGGCCGCCGCCGUCUACUGGAACACGCUGGACGCGGGCUUCGUCUACGAUGACAGGCGCGCCAUCCUGACCAACCCGGACGUGGUGGGCAACGCGACGCCGUCGCUGCGGCGGCUGCUGUCGGCGGACUUCUGGGGGACGCCGCUGAGCCACUCCGGCUCGCACGGCUCGUGGCGGCCGCUGGUGACGCUGAGCUUCCGCGCCAACCACCUGCUGGGCGGCGGCUGGCACGCGGCCAACGUGGCCGGCCACGCGCUCUGCGCCGCGCUGCUGGUGCGGCUGGCGCGCCGCCUGGGGGCGGCGGCGGGCGUCGCGGGCGCCGCCUUCGCGCUGCACCCCGUGCACUGCGAGGCCGUGGCCGGCCUGGUGGGCCGCGCCGACGUCGCCGCCGCCGCCUGCGCGCUGCUCGCGCUGCUCUGCUACCUGCGCCACGUCGACCUGCGCGACCGCCCCCGCUGCCGCCGGUGCGGCAACGCCGCCGCCCACCGCCGUCGGUCUGCCACACCCACCCCUACCCCGACCCCGCCCGUCUGGUGCCUGACGGUCCGGCGGUUCCUCGCCUCCCUCUACCACCCGGGCUGGGGUCCGGCGACACGGGACGCCAAAAGUACCCACAACCGGCAUUCACCCUCACAGGACACCAAAAAUAGUUGUAACCCUACUCAGUCGGCCAGCUACAACUAUAACCACAUUGUUGAACCUAUCACUGAAGAAGAAAACAACAACAUUCUGGACAGCCUCGAACCAGCUGCUUACCAAAACUUCAGCACACAUUCCCCACUAGGUGACGAAUUCAACAGCACAUAUCGAGAGGCUACCCACUGUCCUUACAACGUAGGCAAUGGUCACGUAACCAGCUGUACUCUGGACGAGAACGUGCUCGACAGGUUGGAAACGGACACUGACCGACACUUUAGCAAGUAUACCCUCCAAGGUAACGACCGCUGCCAUAAAGGACUCGACACUCUCACAUAUCAAGACACUCCACACCGACCCCAUCCGUUUGCUAUGGCAACCACUUCCCGCUACACCCUAGAGAAGAACGUUGUUGAUAACCUGCAACCAGACACUGACCAACCCUUCAGCGCACACACUCUCCAAACCGACGCUCCCCACUGGCGCAACCACAUUACAAAUGGACAUGUUACGAGUUGUACCCUGCACGCGACACCUGUUCAGAACUCUCAUACAAACUGCCACACAAUUUCUCUACACUGGUAUUUUAAGUACUACGUCAGAAAGCUGUUUCAGUGGUCCUGUAGAUCCAGUGCAGUUUCGACGACGUAUGAACGUACCACACAGACAGCCAAUGAGUCUCCUUGUGAACCCAAAACCGCUAUGUCCGAAGUGUGCAGCCUCAACGGUCUUAGCAGUGCCUUCCUCUCUGACAAACUUCUCAAACCAAUUCUCUGUCCAAACGGCGCAACGGUCGGUGGAACUCACCGGCAACACUUCUUGAACAACAACAACAACACGGUGACGAGCUGCGCAGCUGGAGAGAACUUCAAGGAAGGAGCUUCAAUAGCAGACAGGACAGCGACAUUGCUGAAAAGGAGUUCACGGAGGGCGAAGAAACGGAAACGCUUCCGUGUGGACCACAGUGCUGACUCUAUCACACAAAGCGCGGAUGCCGCGGGUUGCCUGCGCUGCGGCCGCAGGCUGUCCACGUCAUCAAUGCCGCUGUCGCCGACGCCGUCGUCGCUGCCGCCGUUGGUGGCGUGCGUCGCGCUGUCCACCUGCGCGCUGCUCUGCAAGGAGACGGGCGUCGCGGCGCUGGCCGUCUGCGCCGCCUACGACGCCGCUCUGCUGCUGGCCAGGGGCCUAGCCCGGCCCAGGCUGUUGCUGGCCCACCGGUGCGGGCGGCGGGCGCUGGCCUCGCUGGCGGCGCUCUGCGUGUGCCUGUGCUGCCUGGUGGCUGCGCGGCUCGCCGUGGCCGGCAGCGGAGGCCGCGCCGCCUUCUCCAGGGCGGACAACCCGGCGCGCGGCGCGCCGCGGCUGCUGACGCGCUGCCUCACGCUGGGCUACGCGCCCGCCUUCUGCUGGCUGCGGCUGCUGCUGGCGCCGCACGCGCUCUGCUUCGACUGGGGCAUGUCGGCGCUGCCGCUGCUCCACUCGCCGCUGGAGCCGCGGGCCGCCGCCGCCGCAGCCUUCUACGCGGCGCUCGCCUGCGCUCUGCGCGCCGCUCUCUGCCGGCCGCCCGCACAGCAGGUGGGGUCAGCCGGGCCGCCCCCUCCCCGCCACAGCAGGGCGCCGGCGAACACCCACCCCCUCUCCGUCAGCAAGAGGGUCAGAACCGCCAGGCAGCCAGUCACCGCCACUGUCACCAGCGACGUCACCACUCCUGCCAGCAGCAGCAGCAGCAGCCCCUGCAGUCAUGGCUCACCACUCUGCACCUGCUCCAGGUGCGCGGUGCCGGGCCGCGUGGCGCUGCUGGUGUCGCUGUCGCUGCUGGUGCUGCCGUACGUGCCGGCGAGCAACGCGCUCUUCUACGUGGGCUUCGUGGCGGCGGAGCGCGUGCUCUACCUGCCCAGCGCCGGCCACUGCCUGCUGCUCGGUCUCGGCUGGGCGCGCCUCAGGGCUGCCACCUCUGCUGGCGGCGGCCGCCUGCACGCACUGCUGCUCGUCGCGCUCGCAGUCACGUUGGCCAGCCUGGGCGCCCGCACCGUCGUGCGCAACCGCGACUGGCGAGACGAGGAGAGCCUCUUCCGGUCUGCGCUGCACAUCAACCCGCCCAAGGCUUACGGCAACCUGGGUUCGGUGCUGAGUUCCGCCGGCCGCCUGCAGGAGGCGGAGUGGGCGCUGAGGCAGGCGCUCAGGCACAGGCCCAACAUGGCCGACGUCCACUACAACCUGGGCAACCUGCUGGCGCGGCUGGGGCGCGUCGAGGAGGCGGAGCGCAGCUACCGGGCGGCCAUCCACUACCGACCCUCCCUGGCGGUGGCUUACGUGUCGCUGGGCCGCCUGCUGGAGGCGAUGGGUCGGCGCCCGGAGGCGGCGCAGCUGUACGCCCGGUGCGCACGGCUCAGCAGCGAGGGCCUGCGGGACCCCGCCGCGCACGAAGCGGCCACGGCGGCGGCAGGACGCCGACUGGCGCAGUUGCUGCAGGCCGCGCCAGAGCCCGACACCGGCGCCGCCAAGGCCGCCGACAGAGACCUCUACCGACAUGCCGCGGCGGCGCCGCACUUGCCCGCUCAACAGGGAAGGUGUGCUCCGGACAGGAGCCCGGGUGCCUCCUGAGACCAGGGACAGCUCGCCGCUGCCAGCCGCCAGCGUACCACUCUGGCAGGGAGGAGGCGACUGCAGGGCGCCUCUGCCCUCAGAACCACCUGCCGCUCCGACGGGAAGACUGCGGCGCCUUCGUGAAGACCAGCGUGGCUGAGACUGCUGCAGUCUACGAAACAUCCGGGGACGACCGUCUCAGCCACAUAGCUUCUCGCCAGCAAAAUCUGCUCCCUGAAACACUAUACAAUACACCUAGUGAAGUAACUAGAGAGUAAAUUAACGAGGUCUGUUUAAAAAAAUAAAUAACUGCGGAAAUUUGUCGACAAUUUUUUUCUACGCUCAUUAUUGUCCAAUAGCUCUUUUCAAAUACUCUCCUCCACAAUUGAAACAUCACCCUCAACGCCUUUUCCACUUCCGGAAGCAGUCUCGGUACGUCUCUUUCUGGAUCGCGCGAAGCGCGCGUCUGCAGCUUUUCUUUUGUCUCGUCUAUCGUUGUAAAUCUUUGUCCUUUCAACGGGGUUUUCAACUUUGGAAAUAAAAGGAGUCUGCUGGAGCUAGCCUCUAUCAUCCCACUGCAAAUCCCAGGGGUACCGAUCGAAAAGCAUCCUGCAUUUGUGGGAGGUCAUGACAUGCUGCCAUCGACCUUCACGUCAUUCUCGGUUCACUUACUGCGUAAAAUCUUGUUCGUUGGUUGUCAGGAACAACUGACUAUCGUAGCUUCUUUCGUGGUGACCACUUAUAGCCCACAGAUGGCUUUUAAUUGCUCAGCAUACGCCAUCAUUACGUUAUGCUACUAGAGACUCUGCACUGACGCAGAAGGCGCUCUCGUAGUCACGCCAUAAAUUCAGCUCAUUCCUCUGUUCCUCCUCAACAUCGAAAUGGAAACACAAAGCCGCUACCAUUUGAGACUGACAAUGAAGAUGCUUCCCAUUCCUUACUGGAAACACAUUGUAAUCGGCAUCUGUAAUUAGGAUCUUACUUAUGCAUGCCUUCCCACUUUCAGCUACACAUUUGGUGUUGUAUUACGUAAAGAGUUUGUUCGUUAAUCAUAUUGUAAUGUUGUUUAAACAGUUACUCAAGAAAAUACAAUCGUGUAGAAAAUCAGAUUUCUCCUGCGAAGGCAACAAUUAAUAAUUAUAUUUUUGAGAUGCGUGCUCAUAAUAACCAGAUAGUCUGUUUUUCAGACUCCGUGUGCCUGAAAUUUUCGUAUGUCGCGAGAAAUUCAGGUUUCUAAUGUUUUGCCAAAAUAAGCGAGGCGCACUAUCUCUUGUCAUCCGGAAUAAAUGCCAGCACAGCACAGUCUCACUCCUUUCGCUACGUUAAAAAAAAAAAAUUAAAAAAAAUGAAUGUGCAUAUGGUAUAUUUGUGAUCCGAGUUCGGCCGCCAAGUAGAAGCCUUUUAUUCGAGGACUUGCUUGUCGACGAUGUUGAGCACAACAUAUACAUACACACAUACACCCAAUCCCUAGCAAAGAAAAUCCCCGACCCACCCUCCUGUUGACUUCGCUACGUAAGCGCUGAAUAACGAGACACAAGGGAUGGAAGGUGAACGUAUAUGUCUACAGGAGUUGCAAAAUUUUUCAUUGCUUUCCUCACAAAAUCAUAUUGUAUUGUAUUGUCCGGAUAAGAUGAGCACACCUUUUACGUCGCCUUUACGUGGGAGACUGUGAGAGCAAGAUGUGCUCCACAGCUGAGCAGUGUCUCGCGUCAGCCAAAGUGCGCUCGGCAGUGAACAGCGAAAGUGUACUCCGGUAGUGGGUCUGCAACUCUCCACCACUGCACGAACAGGAAAUCUCGACAUUUGCUUUGGGCCACCGUAAGAAAGUUCGCAUUGGUCAGGACAGCACUGGACUCGCACUGGUGAAGACGGCGCGUCAAAUCCCCGUCGAACCAUCCAGAUAAGGUCUGUGGGAUUCAGCUUUUCAUGUUUCCCCUAAACCUCUCAAGGAAAACAGCUGGUCGUUUGAAAAGCGUGUGGCCGCUUUUCUUCCUCAGCCUCCCAGCAAUGCUGCCUUAUGCUGCCGGCCCUAAGUACAGUUAACGGGAUCUUAGACAGUAAUCUUCCAUUCUUCCUUAUUCAUACUCGCAAGUAGCGGGAUUCAUACCAAUGCGCAUUUAUCCUGAUUUACACUGUCGCGCUCUUGAGAGGUACCGACAAGAUUCUACCCAGCUACUGUCACGAAAGGAACCGUCUUUUGUCUCACCAUAUCAUCACUGACCCGACCACACGAAGAAUUAUUUUAUUUUUUAUUUUUUGAUGAAUCCUCCGUGAUGCUGUCACUUUCAUAAACAGACUUGGAACUAAUUCAUUUGUAUCCAAAACAUUACUACUAUGACUUGAUUUUAAAACUGCUAUACAGAAAUGUACAUGCAUCAUGUAUUUAUUUCGAACAAUUUCUUAAUGUAAUCCUUCAUCUUAGCAAAUCGGCCUAGCUUCAACUACGAAGCUGUCUGCGUUACGUUAAGCGUUCUGGUAGAUAUUAUUUUCUCUUGGAUGUGUUGUGCUACGUGAUAAUGCACGGUGGUGAAGAAUAAUGGGGAUUAGUUUUACAUAAAUGUGGUUGUGUCGAUACAGGUAAGAGAAAAAUUGUAUUUUACAUGCUCAUUCAGACUGCAGCCCUGCAUUUCUAGAGCACAGUGCUCACACAUUUUCUGCAACUGUGAGCAAAGCGACGUCGAGGUGAAGUGUUCAGAUAAACAGAUGGAUUUUUGCAAAAGCUGGAUUUUAAAAGCGCUAGGGGACAUAUGCUUCCGAUAUGAUUCUACAGUAACGUCGUUGUGUGAUGUACAAAAUACUACACAUUGUUUUAAUUUCCUUCUUCCUUAAACUAGUCUGUAUGUUUAACUUAAAAGAACUCUUCCAUGUUGCUCAUUGGUGCUUUAUUAGUAAUGUGUGUGUGUAAGCGGACGUACAUGUGAUUGGUGUACAAUGAUAAUGUCUGUGUGUAUGUUUUGUACAAAUAUAGUCUUUUUUUCAUGAGACACAUUCAUUGGUGUUCCUAUUUAUUUCUAUUUUUUACGUACCUCUGAAAUUCUAACGGUCCUGAUUUCUAGCUCUUACUCGCGGACACGUCUUUGUUACGUGAUUACCACUGUGCCUAUAAAUGUAUUAAUAUUAAGAAUAUCAAAGCCAUUAUUUACCUUGUCCUUCAUACCAAUCUCAAAUUUUGUGCUCUGCAAUUAUUACACACUUCGCAUUUCUGACUGUGACUAUUACACUCAAGGCGAUAUUGUACGCCAUCUGCUGCAAAUAUUACAUUAUCAAAAGUUAUGACCCAUUAUCUUGGAAAGCGUUUAAGACACCAGCUUCCAAUUUUGCAUAACUAAUGAGUACACUUUUGUAGAUAUUAUGAAUUAGAAUUAUUGCAAAAAUUGUAUUCUGAUUUUUUCACAAACUCUUAAU